GGGAUACACAAUCCGUAGGCGCGGACGCGACGCGCCUUGUUAUCUUCCUCUUUGUUUCCAUCGCGUUCUCGAUUGACGCAGACCUGCUAUACACCUCAUUGCUCAUCUGUUCUAUACGACCUAUUAUCUGAGAUGAAGCCCACCGUACAAGAUGAGGAUAUGGAAGAUGAUCUCGCUGCUGAGGAGGAGAACAAGUUGAUAAAUGAGGAGUACAAAACAUGGAAAAAGAAUGCACCGUAUCUAUAUGACCUAGUCAUCACGCACGCACUCGAUUGGCCAAGUCUAACGUGUCAAUGGUUCCCCGACAAAGACACACCGGCCAACAAGCCCUACACAACCCACCGCCUCCUCCUCGGAACCCAUACCUCCGGCCAAGCACAAGACUACCUCCAAAUCGCAACCGUCCAAAUACCCAAACGCGACGAAAAACUCGACCGUGACAACUACGAUGAGCAGCGCGGCGAACUCGGAGGACACACCAUCCCUCCCCAACCCCGCAUCCAAAUCAUCCAGAAAUUCAACCACGAUGGCGAGGUCAACCGCGCGCGGUAUAUGCCUCAAAACCCGGAUUUACUUGCGACGAAGGCCAUCUCGGGCCAGGUGCUCAUCUUUGAUCGAACGAAGCAUUCGUCUGAACCUCCGAGAGGCGGGGUGUGUAAACCUGAUAUCAGAUUAGUUGGGCAAACGAAGGAAGGAUUUGGCUUAUCCUGGAACCCGGUGAAGGGCGGACAUAUCCUUGGUGCUUCGGAAGAUAUGACGGUGUGCCACUGGGAUAUUAACUCGUACACCAAGGGCAAUGGCACCAUCGAGCCGACAACUAUUUUCAAGGGGCACAACUCUGUUGUCGGGGAUGUAGAUUGGCAUGCGACCAAAGAAAACGUAUUAGCUAGCGUUGGAGAUGAUAAGAUGCUUUUGAUCUGGGACACCCGAGCUCCAACCGAAGCUUCAACGAAAAUCCAAGCACAUGACAGGGAAAUUUUAUCAUGCGCGUUCAGCCCAGCAAAUGAACAUCUCAUCAUCACCGGCAGUGCAGACAAGACUGUUGCGCUGCACGAUAUCAGAUCGCCUACUAAAAAGUUGCACACUUUUGAGUCACACACGGACGAAGUGCUCCAUCUCGCAUGGUCUCCCCACUCCCCUACAGUCUUUGCAUCUGCUUCAGGAGAUCGAAGAAUCAAUAUCUGGGAUCUUUCCCUGAUUGGCGUGGAGCAGUCACCAGAUGACCAGGAAGAUGGCCCUCCGGAGCUUAUGUUCAUUCAUGGAGGCCACACCGCACGGCCCACAGAUUUCUGCUGGGCACCAGGAGAAUCCGAGAACUGGACUGCAUCUACCACUUCCGAAGAUAACGUGGUGAUGGUAUGGCAACCCACUAUGCGUAUCUGGGCCGGCGACGAAGUGAAAAUCGAUGAGAAGGAACUCGAAGGCGACGCUAUGGAGGGCGUCGAAGUCACUCCUGAAGCUGGCCCCUCUAAGGCUGUAGCAGCUAGUGGCGCCAAUAGCGCGCGCAGCCAAAGUAUGAGUAUCAGUGCAAGCGUUAGUAAUUCUGGUGUGGAUGUGGAAGCAGAGGAUAGUUGAGUAUUCGGUGUAGAUGGAGACGAAUGGUGCUGGAAUCCGAAAGCUGAUGAUGAUGAAUACAAUAU